GUAUCUCAGAAACUCCCCAGAAGUUCAGCAGAGAAGGAGAAGCUGAGAUUGCAAAGGGACCAGGAGCGCGCGGACAAGCUGCAGAAGUUGCAGGCGGAGAGAGAGGAGAAGGGAAGGCUGAAAGAAGAAGCAAAGGCUGCAAAAGAGAGAGCCAAGGAGGAGGCAAAGAAGAGGAAAGAAGAGGAGAAAGAGUUGAAAGAGAAAGAAAGGAGAGAGAAGAAAGAAAAAGAAGAAAAGGAAAAAGCUGAGAAGCUGAGAGUGAAGGAGGAGAAACGCAAGGAGAGGCAGGAAGCUUUAGAGGCAAAACUUGAGGAGAAGAGAAAGAAAGAAGAGGAGAAACGGUUAAGAGAGGAGGAAAAGCGUCUUAAUGCACAGAAAGCAGAAAUUACGAGGUUCUUCCAGAAACCAAAGACUCCACAGGCCCCCAAGAUCCUUGCUGGCUCUUGUGGCAAGUUUGCUCCUUUUGAAAUUAAGGAGAACAUGGUCUUAGCUCCCCUCUGUCGUAUUGCCCUGGAUCCAGACUCCUUAGAACAGCUGGAUAAGCUCCUGCGUGCACAGAAUAGCGACGUUUCUUUCUUGAGGGAUCUGAAGUGUCGUAAACCACGUAAAACUGGACCUACUUUUGUCAAGAACAGUGCUGACAUAGUAAACAGCGACGUGGUGGUGGUGGUGGAUAACUGCAAAACAGAUGCUGUUCCUGAGAGAGGGAAAUUUGGUAGAAUGAAACUUCUGCAGUUUUGUGAGAAUCACCGUCCUGCCUACUGGGGCACGUGGAACAAGAAAACCACUGUCAUCCAUCCCAGGAAUCCUUGGUCAAAGGACAGUAAACUACUGGACUACGAAGUAGAUAGUGAUGAAGAAUGGGAAGAGGAGGAACCUGGUGAAAGUCUCUCCCAUAGUGAAGGGGAUGAUGAAGAGGAGGGAGAGGAUGAAGAUGAUGACGAUGGAUUUUUUGUACCCCAUGGGUACUUAUCUGAAGAUGAAGGAGUGACAGAAGAGUGUGAUCCAGAGAACCAGAAGGUUCGUCAAAAGCUGAAAGCAAAGGAGUGGGAUGAACUGAUGGCCAAGGGGAAGAGGUUCCAUGUUCUACAGCCUGUGAAAAUCGGCUGCGUCUGGGAGAGGGCAGAAAACCACAGCGGCACAAACGCGGACCUAAAGGUUCUCCAGCAGUUCACAGCCUGUAUCCUGGAUUUACCUGCUGCAGAGGAAGAACAGCAGAUACAGAAAUGUAGCAAAAAAAGAGCCAAAGAUCAGCAAAUCCUUGGCCAGUUGCUGCCGCUGCUUCAUGGCAACGUGAACGGGAGCAAAGUGAUCAUCCAGGAAUUCCAGGAGUGCUGCCGGCAAGGACUGUUCAGUGAGGUGACUGCAGCCACUGACUGUAGUGACACGAGCCCCACGAGCCCCCACACCUCCCGGCCACAGACCCCUGUUGGGGAGGACAGCGGUGUCCCUUCCAAAGCCAGGCUAAAGAGAAUCAUUUCAGAGAACUCUGUGUACGAGAAGAGACCUGAAUACAGGAUGUGUUGGUACGUCCACUCGGAGGUGCUGAAGAGUUUUGAUCAAGAGCAUCUCCCCGUCCCUUGUCAAUGGAACUACGUCACCCAAGUCCCUUCUUCAGGGAAGGAGGAAGGUGGCAGCGUGCCAGGCGUGGCCGUCCUGCAGAGCACCCCUGUGUCAGUGAAGAGGAAGUCCACUGGAAGCAUGUCCAUCACGAAAUUCAUGAAGAGACCUCGGGAUGCUGAACAGGCUGAAGCUGCAGAGAUGGAUGGAUUUCAGGCAGACACCGAGGAAGAUGAGGAAGAUGAUGACUGCAUGAUUGUGGAUGUACAGCCAAGCAAAG